ACUAUGCUCGCAAAUAACGUACCACGCGUGUGGUACUUGCCCGACACAAAAAUUUCUCGGGUACAUAAGCCUGCCGUGUUCCAUCGGACUGCAGUCCCCGAGUUCCCAAUAACCGAUCAAAUUGGGAAAUCCCUUCUGGUUCUGGAUCCCCCCCCCCCCCCCCGCUCUCUCUCUCUCUCUCUCUCUCUCUCUCUCUCUCUCUCUCCUGCACAUACCAGACCACCGGUUUUCGCGCACAUUAUUAUUCCACCAAAAACGGACUUCUAACUGAGAGAUCCCCAAAUCAAGACAACUCGACUCCAACAUCACAAGCCAAAUUUCAUGGGCCUUCUCCUCCCUACUACUACCCCUCUUAUUAACGCACCAUCAUCAAUAUCAUGGCCAGAAAUCCCCAUUUCCUCCUCCCCUUUAUCAACCCCUCUCAUCGCCCUCCCUUCGCAACAAUAAUAAUACCCAUUUCUCCUCUUCUGAACAACAACAACAAACCCAUCACCCGUUUUCACCUCCUCCUCAUCUUCCUCCACUCCCUGUUAUAGAACCCAAUUCGGUCGUUUCUGUAAUCGAGUCCUUUUGUGAAAUGGCGUCGGUUUUCUUGUACCAUGUGGUGGGGGAUCUGACGGUGGGGAAGCCGGAGCUGGUGGAGUUCCUGGAGACGGAGACGGUGGAGGCGGCGAUCAGGGCGAUAGGGGAGUCGAUGGAAGGCGGGAUACCCGUGUGGAGGAAGAGAUCCCAUAAGAGCGGGGUGAUGGGUGUGGAGAAUGCGGAGAUGAGGCAGCAGAGGUUUGUGGGUAUUCUGAAUUCGCUUGAUCUGGUGGCGUUCCUGGCCAGGAAGGAGUGUUUGGAGGAUCAGGAGAAGGCAAUGAGGACUCUGGUUUCCGAUGUGGUGGUUCGCAACGGUUCCUUGCUCAAGGAGGUUGAUCCUGCUACUAGAUUGAUAGAUGCGCUUGAGAUGAUGAAGCAGGGUGUUAGGCGUCUCCUUGUGCCCAAAAGUGUAGUAUGGAAAGGAAUGAGCAAGCGGUUUUCUAUUCUAUACAACGGAAAGUGGCUCAAGAACCUUGAAAGCUCUAGCACCAACUCUGCAACCAACAGCAUCAACCGCCCUUCCGCAUCUUCUACAACUGCCACUACCUCCAUCCAUGGAAAGUUCUGUUGUCUAUCGAGAGAAGAUGUCAUCCGUUUCCUGAUUGGUUGCCUCGGUGCAUUGGCUCCUCUCCCGCUUUCUUCCAUAUCCUCCCUCGGGGCCAUCAACCCAAACUACCACUCCAUCCAAGCAUCCAAUCCAGCUAUUGAAGCCAUCCAAAAGCUUCCUGAGGACCCAAGUGCAGUUGCUGUUGUGGAGCCCAUAUCAGAUGGCCGAUAUAAGAUACUUGGAGAAAUUUCGGCCUGCAAACUGUGGAAAUGCGACUACUUAGCCGCUGCUUGGGCCUUGGCCAAUCUGUCAGCAGGACAAUUUGUGAUGGGGGUUGAAGAUAAUGUCACUUCGAGGUCGUCUCUGUUACUACUACCAGAUGAUGUUAUGAUUAAUUCAGCAGCAGCAGCCACAGCCACAGCUGGAGAUAACCAUUCAGCAGUUAAUGGCACCACAAUGCGGCCAAAGAAGUUCAGCAGUAGGAGCAUUGGGUUUGUUAGCACUACUCCAAACUCCCCGAGUUUUGGUGUCGGUAGGAGCAUGUACAGGGGUAGAAGUGCACCCUUGACCUGUAAGGUUACAAGUUCGUUAGCUGCGGUCAUGGCUCAAAUGCUAUCUCAUCGCGCCACUCAUGUGUGGGUCACUGAUGCUGAAAAUGAUGAUGUCUUGGUUGGGGUGGUGGGUUAUGCUGACAUUUUGGCUGCUGUCACAAGACAACCAGCAGCAACCGUCCCUGAUACAAACAAUGUCGUCCUUAGAGAAUGAGAAGUUUGAGUUUCAGGGUCCUGUAUUGGAACAGUUGCAAUUACUAGUCGGCCAACUUUUAGAACACUGAAUUGAUAUCAUGUUUUCAGCGUGUUUUUGCAAUUGUUGUUUGUUAAUGCUUCGUUCUGUUGAAGCCAUAUGCAUUGGGCUUCCAGGGCUGAUGUGGCACUUGUGCUUAUGUAUCAUUUGGUUGGUUAAUGUGGAGUGAAAUUCUUACAGUU